UUGGGGACAGGGCCACACUUGGGCCUGAUGAGUUCUAGGAGGCUGGCCCCUGCCAGCCUUGUACCCCCUUGUACCCUCUCCCUGCCUCCAGGGCUGUUCCCUGCCUUCGUUUCUGCUACUCCCCAGAAAGGGCUGCUUUGUGGACAGGGAAUGUAGUAUCCAGCACAAUCUUCAGUCCAGGUGGAGGCCACAGAGGGCCCAGAGAGCAAUCAGAGGCAGCAAUGAUUGGUCCUGACGGUGGCUGAGCCCCCAGCCCCUGGAAUAUGCAGCCCGGGAGAGCCCCAGGCAAGGACACGGUGGCGGAGUGGGGCGGGAGGCAUGGUCUCCACCUACCGGGUGGCCGUGCUUGGGGCGCGAGGUGUGGGCAAGAGUGCCAUCGUGCGCCAGUUCUUGUACAACGAGUUCAGCGAGGUUUGCGUGCCCACCACCACCCGCCGCCUCUACCUGCCUGCUGUGGUCAUGAACGGCCAUGUGCACGACCUCCAGAUCCUGGACUUCCCGCCCAUCAGCGCCUUCCCUGUCAACACACUGCAGGAGUGGGCAGAUGCUUGCUGCAGGGGACUCCGGAGUGUCCAUGCCUACAUCCUGGUCUACGACAUCUGCUGCUUUGACAGCUUUGAAUACGUCAAGACCAUCCGCCAGCAGAUCCUGGAGACGCGGGUUAUUGGUACCUCCGAGACACCCAUCAUCAUCGUAGGCAACAAGCGGGACCUGCAGCGCGGUCGUGUGAUCCCACGCUGGAACGUGUCGCACUUAGUGCGCAAGACCUGGAAGUGUGGCUACGUGGAAUGCUCAGCCAAGUACAACUGGCACAUUCUGCUGCUCUUCAGCGAGCUGCUCAAGAGCGUCGGCUGCGCCCGCUGCAAACACGUGCACGCUGCCCUGCGCUUCCAGGGCGCUCUGCGCCGGAACCGCUGCGCCAUCAUGUGAUGCACAGGCGCCCUGCACAGCCACAGGCUGCAGACCCGCUGGCCCCUGAGGAGGGCAGGGUGGUGCUGGGGCUGCUUCCAGGACUGGGGCUGGAGGCGGGAGCCAGCAGAAUAGAACUCUGAAGGUCCUGGCCUGAGGCACCCCACACGUGCUCUGAGAGGCAGAGGGCAAGGGGGAGCUUCCGCUAACUACUCAGUACUCCCCUUCUCCCACGGUUGUCUUCCUGGGGCAGCCACCUUCAGUGCUGUAGUUAGUGCGGGGCCUGGCCUGACCUGAAAGUGCACCACAGCCAUUUGAGAUUGGGGGUGAGUGUGUGAAAUGGAGGGUGGGGUGAGGAGGUGCUACCUUGGCCAGGCCCCCACUUAUCUUUUCCAGAGUGUGUCUGUCUUUGCCCAGUGUCUUCCUUUUCCGUGUCUGUCUGUCCAAGCGUCUGUCAGUCCUCACCUGUCUUAUCCACCCUCCAAUCCCCCUCCCCGCCCCCCAGCUCCACUCACAGGGCUCUCAUUUCAUCCAUCCCCUUUUCGAAGAUCCUGGCAUCUUUUUGAUGCCAGGCCUUCUGACUGUCAGCACCACUGGCACAGGGCAGAGAGAGGCAGGUGGCCCAAGGAUCCAGAUCAAGGGGUCCAAGGGUUGAGGUCCCAGAUCAGUCAGGGGGAGAAGGCUGAGCUCUCCUGCUUUCAGGGAGACCUCCCUGCACAGCAGCCCCCAGAGACACAACAACCUACCUUCCAGCCUUAACUCGAUGGUCCAUCCCUGCCGGGUGCCCCUCACCCUUUUCCUGAUCCCAAAGCCAGAUCACCUCCUGGGUUAAAACUUUUUGUUUUUUGGGCAGAGCAUGGAGAGGGAAUCCCCCAAAGGAUAGAUUCCUUUCCAUGACGCCAAGUUCCAGUCCUCUAUUACCUCCUGCACUGGGUGGUCUGCCAGAUUGGGGGAUGUCAAGUUCUGGGGGGCUGUUGGUGGUGGGCAGGAUGGUGCCCAGGAGGGGGUCAGGUUAUGCCUGUGACCAUUGUGUCUCCCUGUCCCAUCUCAAUCUGACAACCCCAGACUCUGCCUGCCUCAGCUCUCAGAUUACCUUUAUUAAUCUGGGCAGGAUCAGAGCCAGGAAAAGAAUUAUGGGAACCCCUGUGCUUGGGGGAGAUACGCCUGCAUCUCCACCCAUAGGUGGACACCCUCAGGAUCUGACACCCCUUUGUCCCAACAGCAGUUGGCCCUAUGCCCUAACUCACUCCGCCCCCAUUUUCUCCGGCUGCCUGGCCGGGUUUCUACCUCUCGUCACCGGAGCUGAUCACUGUCAGUUUUGUACCGAUUUAGAAAAAACAAUAAUAAGAUUAUAGGGAUGGCUUGAGGGAUUGCUGGGGGAUUUGGAGGGAGGGAGAAGGGGUGCCAUGUUCCCCACCCCCAGCCAAAGGAAGUUCUCCUUGAGGCUGAGCCCUCAGCCCUGGUCUGGUGGGAGGAUAUCAAGGUCCCUUGCUAAAAGAGGGAAACAAAUAACAAUCCAGCCUUAGGUAAGGCUGAAGCACAUAGACCAGGAAAUCAAGUAGCCCAGAGCAGUGAUGGAGGCGAGUCUGGAGUAAGGGCUGUGGGUGGGGAAUUUAUUAUGGAUAUUCAGUAAGGGAGGGAAUCUGUGAUUCUCUCCAGCUCCCCCCACCCACCGAUUCCCACUCCCUCCACUCGCUGGAGGCAGCACAGCCCUAGAGCAACAGCCCUGACCUUGGGCAGUCCAGUAUUCCUGGGUUCUAGUCUCACUGUGCUACUUGCUUUGGGCAAGUGACUUGCUCUCUCUGAGCCCCGCUCUAAAACAGAGGAGGUGGCUCCCCUUCCCCACACUUUUAGGAGUGGCUGGGAGGGUAAGGAAGAGGGCCUGCCUCCUCCUGUCUCCUGUGCCCCCACCUCCUGGCCCAGCGGGAGGUAGGGUUAAGGAUGACAGCAUCUCAUCUGCCCUAUUACCCACAACUCUGAGGUUCCUGAGGUGAGGGUGGGGACCCAGGCCUCUGGCUGCCCCCGUGGGAGCCAUGGGAAAGUACCCUCUGUCCAACCCCUCUCACCACCACCACUUCACUCCAGGUCUUGGAUUUCAGGUCCCUCUGCACCCAUUUUGAGUCUCUGUCCUCCCCCAAUUCCCCCACCAGGGUUUCCCACCACAGGGUCUGGAAGUGUGUGUGAUGCCCAUUGAGCUGUUAUUGGAAGUCAGAUUAAAAAUCAGGGAGUGUUUUCCCUUGUUUCUGUA